AUGGAUAUCUUUUCAAUAAAUUUAAUCGUAUGGCUAAUAGCAUUUGGUUCAGCUGCCACUAUUCCUGCUUCAUUAUCUGUUGUAGCAAAUGGUGUUACUUGUGUUAUUAUUGAUAAUAAAAUUUACGUGGACGGUGUUUAUAAAGGUAAUGCUACCAAGGAAAAUAUCGAAGAAGUUAAAAUUUACAAUGAAAAAAUGCGCGAAUGGGCAAAAGAACUUCAUAAUACGAUGUAUACGACAAUGAAAAAAGCGGUAAAAGAAAUGUUCUCUGAUCAUGGCGCAUUUUGGCGACAUCUUCAUGGACCAUUCUGGGAAACACUUAAUGCAUAUAGACCGGAUGGUGAUUUAAUGAAUCCAGCAGUGUUACCAAUGGAUCAACGAGAUAAUGAACAGAAAAAAAAGAUGAUACCACGGCUUCCGGAUUUAAUGCCUUAUCCGGAAGCACCUUCGUUCUGUGACUAUAAUGUGUAA